AGACGAUCACGAUAGUUCCGUCUGUUGGGGUUUAGUCCUCACUGAGCUUUUCAUUCUCGCACAACACAUCAACGCCUGGCUUCUUUCCCCGUCUUUACCAUUUCGGCUCUCUGCGCACUCAUCGCGAUAACACACAAACAACACUGGCCAACCGAAAGCUAAUCCUGCCCCUAAUCCUAGGAAGCCUCCCGCUUUCGCGCCUGUGCAGCUUUAGAGCGGGUACUCUUCCCACGCCGACUUCGGCUUUUCACACUUGCCCAUCCCUACCGGCUCAGCAUCCCAUCGUCAAUAUGGCCUGGCGCAGCUCGGGUGCGUCUAACAGGGACCUAAUCGAGAAUCUCUGGCGGAACAGGCUCAUUACCCACCCCGAAGUGAAAGAAGCCUUCCUCAAAGUCGACCGCGCGCACUACGCGCCAUCGUUUCCUUAUGACGACUCGCCCCAGCCCAUCGGCCACAGCGCCACCAUCUCGGCACCGCACAUGCACGCGUCCGCGGUAGAGCACCUGCUGCCGUACCUGGUGCCGUCCUCGUCGUCGCCCGAGCGGCCGGCCCCGCGCGUGCUGGACAUCGGGUCCGGGUCCGGGUACCUGACGGCGGUGAUGGCGGAGCUGGUCGGGGAGCGCGGGGUGGUGGUCGGGGUGGAGCACAUCAACGCCCUGCGGGAGCUCGGGGAGCGCAACGUGGCCAAGUCGGAGCGGGGCCGGGAGCUGCUGCAGAGCGGCCGGAUCCGCUUCCGGGUCGGGGACGGCCGGAAGGGCUGGGUGGAACCCGGCGAGGAAGCGGCCAAGUGGGACGCGAUCCACGUCGGCGCCGCCGCCGCCGAGGUCCACGCCAGCCUGCUCGACCAGCUCAACGCGCCCGGCCGCAUGUUCAUCCCCGUCGACGACGACGGCGGCGGCUGGAGCCAGCACGUCUGGUGCGUGGACAAGGACGAGAAGGGCGAGGUGACCAGGAAGAAGCUGUUUGGGGUCCGCUAUGUCCCGUUGACGGACGCACCGAAGGAGUGAGGCGUGCCGUUCAGGAGGACGGCGGCGGAAGGUGGAGAGAAAAAGGGAGUAAGACAGACGGUCGCCAGGUCUCAUUCUUGGGAGGGUUGGUUGGUUGAGCUGGUGUGGAUCUUCUACCUAGGUGCUCUGUAAACUUUAUUUAAUAAUACUUCGAGGGCGUUGACGCCACUAGCAUGACG